CGGCCAUGCACUCUCCCAAUAGCGUUCAAGUCGAUUCCUACGCGUAGAGAGCACACCAAAGUGUUUCAAUAUCUGGGCUGUUUAGGGGGCCCCGUAUAUUUACGUGCCUCCACGAGUUGAAGGAACAUCUUGAAAAGAUCGGGUCGCCGGUAAGUAGCGGGAGAGCGUUGGUAGCAGUGUAUUAGGUCACUUCGGCUCGUCAGUGUGUAGUAGUCAGACCUCUACCCAUGACACUGUGUUAACUCCAGCUACUCACGCUACUUUGAACUUUACAGCUGGUUGUCGUAACACCACGUAGAUCUCCGCCACAAUAUGGCGAUGACUGCUUCUCAGCCGAAUACAGUGAACACUUGGCGGGAUCCUAACGAAGACUUGACUGUUGCCACCACGACACCCCAGCCAAGUCAGCCACCUCAGCCCAUCCCACCGCCGCCGCCCGUGCCGCCGCCGCCUACCCAGCCACCAGUCACCAGCACACCGACCACUCCGACUGUAAAUAACAACAAUAACAACAAUAACAACAGCCAAACUCCCAGUGCCAACGGAGAUGCCAAGCAGCAACACAUCGAGUGCAUUGUGUGUGGUGACAAAAGUUCGGGGAAACACUACGGACAAUUUACAUGUGAGGGGUGUAAAAGUUUUUUCAAACGCUCAGUGCGUCGGAACCUGACUUACACAUGUCGAGGGAACCGGAACUGCCCGAUAGACCAGCACCACAGAAACCAGUGCCAGUAUUGCCGACUGAAAAAGUGCUUAAAGAUGGGGAUGCGGAGGGAAGGUAGGUCGGCCCUCGUGGCAGACCCCUCUUACGGAAGGAGCCUGCCGGCUGUUCAACGUGGCCGAAUUCCUCCCACCCAACAUCACGGUUACCCAAUGGCUCUGAAUGGUGACCCUCUCAACGGACACACUUAUUUUUCUAGUUUCAUAUCCAUGCUUUUACGGGCAGAACCCUACCCAACGUCCCGCUACAGUCAGUGCAUGCAGCCGAACAAUAUUAUGGGCAUUGAAAACAUUUGCGAACUGGCCGCCAGACUGCUAUUCAGUGCUGUUGAAUGGGCGAGAAAUAUUCCAUUUUUUCCGGACCUUCAAGUAACGGAUCAGGUAGCUUUGUUGCGACUGAGUUGGAGCGAACUGUUCGUAUUAAACGCAGCCCAGUGUUCCAUGCCCCUCCAUGUGGCGCCCCUGUUGGCCGCCGCCGGACUGCACGCCAGCCCCAUGGCAGCCGACCGAGUGGUGGCCUUUAUGGAUCAUAUUCGUAUAUUCCAAGAGCAAGUCGAAAAGUUAAAGGCCCUUCAUGUCGACUCGGCCGAAUACAGUUGUCUGAAAGCCAUAGUCCUCUUCAGUACCGAUGCCUGUGGCUUGAGUGAUAUUAACCACAUUGAGAGUCUCCAGGAGAAAUCCCAAUGCGCACUGGAAGAGUACGUUCGUAGCCAAUACCCCAACCAACCCACCCGCUUCGGGAAGCUCCUUUUGCGACUUCCCUCAUUGCGGACUGUCAGCGCACAAGUUAUCGAGCAGCUAUUCUUUGUCCGGUUGGUAGGUAAAACUCCAAUUGAAACAUUAAUACGAGAUAUGCUCCUGAGCGGCGGCUCCUUCAACUGGUCAUAUAUGGCCAUACAAUGAGCUAAAACUGGCUAGUCUUAUGAUUUGCGGUUCUUUUUCCUGUCCUUGUUAACUGGUGCACCUCAUCACCCACCUGGGUACUGUCUCCAGAACUUAUCCCGCCCCAACCUUGGGGUGAUGACUUUCCGGGAGUACGGCCUGAGGUUGUGAGACCUGAAGCAAAGGCCUCUUACCUCCCACGAACCGACAUUGAAGAACAGUGCUGCAGUUAAACAAACCGGGAACUAGUACUGACUGACUGUAUAAAACACUUCAAGCGUAUUCCAUACAGGAGCCGUCUGCAUGGAGAACUAUAGUGUUCCUGCAACCAGAUAAAUGUUUUAAAAGGUGUUAAUUAAAUUGCACACCCGAAAUCCAUAGAGGUGGAUGUAGAGGGCUCGCAGACUUAUUCCGAGGAGUUUUCCCCCCAAAAUGUGACUUCCGAGACAUUUCAUAUGAUAUAACCAAGAUAUUUGGCCAGGUCCACCCUCUCACUUUUUUGUAAAAAUACGUGAAUUGUGGACUAGUGUUUGUGUAUUACUUGACCCCUUGUAUUAUCACUUAUUAGGGGGGUGUCUACUGAGACCCGGUUGUUCAGUGUGAGGUAUUGUUACUUUAUAUAGUCUGUCCAAUGGUUUAAAGCCAUGCAUGUCUGUAGCGGUAUGUAGUGAGAAACCGACUGAGAACUCUGUGUUUUGUCUGAUGUUUUAUAAGAAAAGU